UGGCGGCAGGAAGUGACGCAACGGAAGCCGCUGUGCGGGAGCGCCUGUUGGAGGCCGGAAGCGCCGUGUAGAAACCGGAAGCAGCUGUAUGGGAGCGGCGCCUCUGCCGCAAUGGAGCUGAGCGAGAUGCUGUACAACAAGUCCGAGUACAUCGAGACGGCGUCUGGCAAUAAGGUGAGCCGGCAGUCGGUGCUGUGCGGCAGCCAGAACAUCGUUCUCAAUGGCAAGACAAUAGUCAUGAACGACUGCAUCAUACGCGGUGACCUGGCAAACGUGCGGGUCGGGCGGCACUGCGUGGUGAAGAGCCGCAGCGUCAUCAGACCACCCUUCAAGAAAUUCAGCAAAGGGGUGGCUUUCUUCCCUCUCCACAUUGGUGACCACGUCUUCAUAGAGGAGGACUGUGUUGUCAACGCUGCCCAGAUCGGCUCCUACGUCCACAUAGGCAAGAACUGCGUCAUCGGUCGCAGGUGCGUUCUGAAAGACUGCUGCAAAAUCCUAGACAACACCGUGCUGCCUCCUGAAACAGUGGUGCCACCUUUCACAGUCUUCUCUGGCUGCCCAGGACUCUUCACUGGGGAGCUCCCAGAAUGUACGCAGGAACUCAUGAUUGACGUUACAAAGAGCUACUACCAGAAGUUCUUGCCACUCACUCAGGUGGCCUCUGCCAGGGCCUAACACCAAGUCGCCUCUGAAGAGCCCAAACACUCAGCACUGUUCACAUUCCUUAGAUUUGGCCACUUUAUCCUCCUGUCCUCUGAAGCGUCCCCCUGACCUGGGCUCGCCUCGUCUCCUCUGCCAGCCCUGGAAGGAUGGAGCAUCCAUAGGUCACAGCAUGCUGCCGCAGCCCGGGGAAUUCCCAGUUUCCAAUGGCAAUGUUCAGCCUAGCACAUAGCUUCCGAGGGAGGGCUCUAACGCGUGGGCAGAGGAUCUGUAGGUGCAUGGGGAAGCAUGUCCCGCAGGGAGGGACCCUCUCCAGUUGGGAAUCUUGUGCCAACAGUGAUCACAUCAAACA